AUGUCGGUUCCGCAGAGCAAGCACGUCUUCCGCAACGUGCACGCCUUACGAGGCGGGAAACCCGAGCUCGGUGAUCUGGCGCUGAAUGACUACCAUCUCGUUUUCCAGUUUCCUCCCGAAUCCGCGACUACCGCCGACCCGCAGUUGAAGAAGCGGGUCAGGCAGGCCUGGUUUGCUUUUCAUGUCAUAGGCCACUGCACACUGCGGCUGACUGCUCCCGCGAGCGGUGUGCCCUCGUCGAUACGCAUCCGUUUCCGGGAUUUCACCUUUGUGUGUUUCAAUUUUGCCGAGGACAAACAGGCCCGGGAGGCCUUCGAGUUCAUCCGCGCGAGGACGUGCAGGCUGGGGAGCAUAGAGAACCUUCUGGCCUUCAACUACACUCCGCCGCCAGGUUCUCCCGAGAACAAGAUCAACGGUUGGGAUCUGUACGAUGCGAGGGCCGAAUUCAGGCGGCAGGGUAUCAGCGAGAAGUCAGCGGACCUUGGGUGGAGGAUAACCAACAUCAACAAGGACUAUACCUUCUCCCCGACCUACCCGGCCGUAUUAGUGGUGCCGUCCAGAAUCUCGGAUAACACGCUCAAGUACGCUGCCGCGUUUCGCUCCCGCGCCCGGAUACCGACGCUCAGUUACCUCCAUCCCGUCAAUAACUGCACCAUAACCCGCAGUUCGCAGCCGUUCGUGGGGCUUCGGGGGAAGCGCAGCAUCCAAGAUGAGCGCCUCGUCGGGGCUUGCUUUUCUGCCUCUAUGGACUCUCUCGAUGUCGCUCUUUCCGCCAACACGGACCGCAGCCCGUCGUCCAGCCACGUGGAUCUGAGCGCCGAGAGCGCGGAUUCUGACGCGUCGUUGUCAGAAACGGAGCGGAUGCGGAUGGAGGACGAGCUCAUUGCUGGCACCAACGCGCAGUACGACGAAAAGACGGGCAAGCGACUGAUAUACGGUGCGCAGCAACACAACCUCAUCGUCGACGCCCGGCCUGCGAUCAACUCGUAUGCCAUGCAGGCGAUAGGGAUGGGGUCGGAGAACAUGGACUACUACAGAUUUGCCAAGAAGGUUUUCCUAAAUAUAGACAAUAUUCACGUCAUGAGGGAUUCCCUGGAAAAGGUCGUCAACGCUAUCAAGGACGCCGACAUUUCACCCUUGCCCCCCAACCGAGACCUCCUGGCCAAAAGCAAAUGGCUGAAGCACAUUAGCGGCAUCCUGGACGGCUCGGCUAUCAUCGCGCGGCAGGUUGGCAUCCAGCAUUCCCAUGUGCUCAUCCACUGCUCGGACGGCUGGGACCGGACGAGCCAGCUGAGCGCCCUGGCCCAGCUGAUGCUUGACCCCUAUUAUCGCACCAUCGACGGUUUCAUUGUCUUGGUCGAGAAGGAAUGGCUCUCGUUUGGGCACAUGUUCCAAUUGCGGUCCGGCCACAUGAGUCACGAGAGCUGGUUCACCGUGGAUAGCGACGCGUUGGCCGGCUCAACGAUCCGACCCGGCGAGAGCGAGGGUCGGGGAGACGCUAUCGAGAGCGCUUUUGCAAGCGCAAAGCGGCUGUGGAACAAGAGUAUGGGUACCGAGAAAGAUACGCCCCCCCCAGAAGCGGAGGAAUCUUUGGCGGCGGACGACUCGAAGCAGGGUUACGCUCCCAUUACCGAAGAUCACGCCACGAGGCCCAGGGACGUGUCGCCCGUCUUUCACCAGUUCCUCGACGCCACGUACCAGCUCCUGCGGCAACACCCGACGCGGUUUGAAUUUAAUGAACGCAUGCUUCGGCGCUUACUCUAUCACGUGUACUCGUGCCAAUACGGCACCUUUCUGUUCAACAACGAGCGGCAGCGCCGCGAGGCGAAGCUGCAUGAGCGCACUCGCAGCGUAUGGGCUUACUUUUUAAGUCGCCGCCAGGAGUUCACUAACGACCAAUAUGACCCGACUAUCGAUGAUCACAUAAAAGGCCGGGAGCGGCUCAUCUUCCCGCGGCUGGGCGAGGUGCGAUGGUGGUAUCAGCUUUUCAAUCGCACCGACGACGAGAUGAACGGCGACAUCAAUGCUUCUCUCGCCACAGCAGAGCGCGUUGCAGCCUAUCAGGCCGCAUCGGGGCUGUCAGAGCCUGGUGUUGGUGGUGAAACCGCAAGCAGCCAGUCCGAGACCGGGUCUGGGGACUCCGCCAGUUCGUCUCGCAGCUUGCAACCUCCGGGAUUGACGGCGAGCCAGUCCGUUCUCGCGGGUGUCGAGACUGCUCAUGAGGCUCUAACGCCGGAAGCUAGGGCGACCGCGUCGUUGAAUCGCAGCGCUAGUACAGCCGGGAUGCCUGGUGCCCUCGGAGCCCUACAGGAUAGGCUUUCCGGGCUGGCUAUUGGGAAGGGUGUCUUUGGAAGUGCUAUGGGAAGUUCCAGCACGGGAAGGAAUCGACCGGCCGGAAACCGAAAGAGGAGGACGGAGGGCAAGAGAUGA